ACCUCAGGUGAUGUGCCUGCUUUGGCCUCCCAAAGUGCUGGGAUUACAGGCGUGAGCCACCGCGCCCAGCAGUUGCCACUACGUUUGUUCGAGAUCUCACAAUGUCUUAUCUAGAAUAAAUCGGUCCCCUCACCGGAGGUUUUCCCUGCCUCCAGUUCUCUCCACAUCCAAUCCAUUCCUAAAGCACCUAGCAUGACCACUCUAAAAAGGCAAUUAUUCAUACCUCUUCUUAGCUUAAAAAGCCUAAGUAGUUCCCCAGUACCUGGCAUGUGGAUUCCAAGACCCUUGAUGACCUGACUCCAGCUCUGUACCCCUCAUUUCUCACUCUUGAAAACCCUGGGGUCAAACCACUCUGGGUUUCUUUUUGACAUCAGUAUAUGCUGCACAGUGCAAACCUCUGUGACAAUGGGCACUACUCCCCUUUUUGCCUGUUUUUUCUUCCUCAACCUCUUGUCUUCUGUGCUUCCAAAGUGUUGUCAUAUGUUCCUCAUAGCAUUUAACACAUUGGAGCUUUUGAGGGGAAGAACUUUGUUUUAUCUUUGAGAGAGAAAAUGCAGCCUGAGGGGAGGAUGUGGGGCCCAGGAGGGCGAUGGCGACGGUUGGGCUGCAGUACCGUCUAGGCCGCAUUCCUCUCCUUGGGCGCCUAGCCACCCCGUCCCCGCCGGGUUCCCGGGCUGCAGCCUCUUCUCCGCCCCCUCAUCCCCACUUCCCCACCGGAGGUCUAAGAGAGUAGACGCGGCGGGUGGAACCUUGUGUGGGCGGAACGCGAGUGCAGCGGUGGGAGGCUUCCGGGGGAGCUGCACGGGCGACGGGUCGGCGGAGGCAGAAAAGCGCCGGACGCCGGGGUGAUCAUGGACGCUUGACAACCUGCGGGCAGGCGCCGGGAGGCCGAGCCAGCGACUAAGAGGACCGAGAGGUGGCUCGGACAGAUUUCAAGGCCAGAGGAUGGCAGGGGAACAGAAACCCUCAAGUAACCUCCUGGAGCAGUUUAUUUUACUAGCCAAAGGUACCAGUGGCUCAGCCCUCACUGCUCUCAUAAGCCAGGUCUUAGAGGCUCCUGGAGUGUAUGUCUUUGGAGAACUUCUGGAGCUGGCCAACGUGCAGGAGCUUGCGGAAGGAGCUAAUGCUGCUUAUUUGCAGUUGUUGAACCUGUUUGCCUAUGGGACAUACCCAGAUUACAUAGCCAACAAGGAGAGCCUGCCAGAACUGAGCACAGCUCAGCAGAACAAGCUGAAGCAUCUUACCAUCGUGAGCUUGGCAUCAAGAAUGAAGUGUAUCCCCUACUCCGUGUUGCUGAAAGACCUGGAAAUGCGGAAUCUUCGGGAACUAGAAGACCUCAUCAUUGAGGCUGUCUACACUGACAUCAUCCAGGGCAAGCUGGACCAGCGAAACCAGCUGCUGGAAGUGGAUUUCUGCAUUGGCCGUGACAUCCGAAAGAAGGAUAUCAAUAAUAUUGUCAAGACCCUGCAUGAAUGGUGUGAUGGCUGUGAAGCAGUUCUGCUGGGCAUCGAGCAGCAAGUUCUGAGAGCCAACCAGUACAAAGAGAACCAUAACCGAACUCAGCAGCAGGUUGAAGCAGAGAGGGAAAAACGUGAAGUCCCCCUCCUGAAUCUUAUAACAGCAGCUUUCUUCUGGUUACCAACAUCAAGAAGACACUCAAAGCCACCGCAUCCUCCUCGGCUCAGGAGAUGGAGCAGCAGCUGGCUGAACGGGAGUGUCCACCUCACGCUGAGCAGAGGCAGCCCACCAAGAAGAUGUCCAAAGUGAAAGGUCUGGUCUCCAGCCGCCACUAGGGCCGGCUGGGGCAGCUGGCACUCACCAGGCCUGGGUCAGGUGGGGAGGGGACACCAAGGGCCCAUUUCCUCCCCUCUCUACCUGCAGUGAGUUCCAGACCUGCCCGUCCCCUCACCAGCGCCUCCCCACCCUGUUGGUACUGUUCCAGAAAAACUGUUAACUCCCCCUCACCCACUCCCUCCUUCCCCAGUUGUUCCCUUCAGACUCAGGGGCUCCACCGAUGCCAUCCCAACAGGGUCAGACACUGCCCAGCUUCCCUCCAGGAGGUUCUUGUCUCUGUGUAAGGGCUUGUGUUCCUCCCAGUUUUUCUUUUGCUCCAUGUCAUUUUGUCAGGCUGGUUAUAAGCUGGAGGCAGCUUUAACCAGCCCCCAGGGAUGAUUGUGAAGGAGGCCCCUCCCCUUGUGAGGAGGGGGCGCUCCUCUCCAGCCCCUCCUACCACAGUCCUCACGAUGGUGCAGCGAUCUCUAGCCAGGCGUCAAGAUGCGCUGCUUUCCCUCUCCUGCCUCAUCCCUUGUUGGCAGCUCCAGUUCAGGCCGUGGAGGGACGUGAUGCUGCGCUAUGUUUACUAAACCCACGGGUUUUCAGCCUCUUAAGCCCAGCUCCGAUCUCCAAUUAGUUGGGAGCGCUGGGUUGACUAACCUCUGGUAUCUGAGCACAGACAGAGGGUGCUGUGGGUCUGCUGGGUGCAGAAAUGGUUCCUUCCGGCGUGGCGUUCUCUCCUGGCCGCUCCUCCUGCUGCCUCUGACUACUCAGCCUUGUUUUCGGUGUGUAGGCCCCAGCUGCCCACUGGAACUGCCGGCUAAUGCUUGCUCUCCCGAGAUCUUUAACUCCUCCUGGCUGCACCUGGGUAGGGAUGGUGGCACCGAUGCCCCUCUGUCUGCUGAAGGACCUGUUGCUGCUUCUGUCUUUUCACCCCUCCACGGCUGAUGACCUAGAGCCCUCUGAUGAUGGCAUUCUCCUGGCAAGAGAAAAGGACUUAACUAGACUUCUGAACUUGAACAGUUUCAGGUUAUAUUUUAAUUUUUUUUUUUUUUGUACAGGUUCUGAUUCUAAUACAUUUCAACAUGGUUUUGUCCCUCCUCGUGUCAAUAUUUGUUAUAGACUAAUCGCCGGGGAUUUUUCACCUGGUUGGAGGGUGGUGCGUGUGUGUGUGUGUGUGUGUGCAAGUGUGUAAGGGGAGGUGGAGGUCCUGGACUGAUAUUAAAGUUCAUUGAGGAAAAAGCACAUUUUACAACAAAAAAAUAAAGUAUAGAUUUAAUGUAUGUGACUGGGGUUUGGGGUGCAUAAGAUCUUGAGGGGCUGGGAUUAGGGUGGUUCAGGAAAAUGUGAUACUGUUUCCCCAUGUUUAGCCAUGGUCAAACAAUGGAUUUCUCCUUUUUCUAAAAUGUCCAGCAACUGCCUACUGUUGAUCAAAUGUUGAAGUAUUCUUGUUUCCUUUUUAAGCCAGUCCAUGUGCCCAUAUAACAUUAUGCCCAAGUGGAGAGUUCACUUUAAUUUCCAAAAUAUGUUUCAUGAAACCCCCUGUCAGAUACUCUGUGGAAAAGGGGUUCUGUUAUGAAAUAAAUGUGGCACUUCCUGCA